CAGCCUGCCGCGCAUCCUCGGCCGCGCAGCCCCCGCCGAACACCCUUGCCAGUCCGUGGCUCCUUCACCUUCUCCUCUGCCUUAGGAGGUGACAGCAGACAUGUCUCGAGAACUUCAGGAUGUGGAUCUCGCUGAGGUGAAGCCUCUUGUGGAGAAAGGAGAGACCAUCGCUGGCCUCCUGCAGGAGUUUGAUGUUCAGGAGCAGGACAUUGAAACCUUACAUGGCUCCAUUCAUGUCACGCUGUGUGGAACACCCAAAGGAAACCGGCCCGUUAUCCUCACGUACCAUGACAUCGGCAUGAACCACAAAACCUGCUACAACCCCCUCUUCAACUCCGAGGACAUGCAGGAGAUCACCCAGCACUUCGCUGUCUGCCAUGUGGAUGCCCCUGGCCAGCAGGAUGGGGCUCCUUCCUUCCCCGUGGGGUACAUGUACCCCUCUAUGGACCAGCUGGCCGAAAUGCUCCCUGGCGUUCUUCACCAGUUCGGGCUGAAGAGCGUCAUCGGCAUGGGCACGGGAGCAGGCGCCUACAUCCUGACUCGAUUUGCUCUGAACCACCCCGAGAUGGUGGAGGGCCUUGUGCUUAUCAACGUCAAUCCGUGUGCGGAAGGCUGGAUGGACUGGGCUGCCUCCAAGAUCUCCGGAUGGACGCAGGCCCUGCCGGACAUGGUGGUGUCCCACCUCUUCGGAAAGGAGGAGAUGCACAGCAACGUGGAGGUGGUGCACACCUACCGCCAGCAUAUCAUCAAUGACAUGAACCCCGGAAACCUGCACCUGUUCAUCAGCGCCUACAACAGCCGGCGGGACCUGGAGAUUGAGCGGCCGAUGCCCGGUACCCACACCGUGACCCUGCAGUGUCCUUCCCUGCUGGUGGUUGGGGACAGCUCUCCUGCCGUAGAUGCCGUGGUGGAGUGCAACUCGAAGCUGGACCCCACAAAGACCACUCUGCUCAAGAUGGCGGACUGCGGCGGCCUCCCGCAGAUCUCCCAGCCAGCCAAGCUCGCUGAAGCCUUCAAGUACUUCGUCCAGGGGAUGGGAUACAUGCCCUCCGCCAGCAUGACCCGCCUCAUGCGGUCCCGCACAGCCUCGGGCUCCAGCGUCACCUCCCUGGAGGGCUCCCGCAGCCGCUCCCACACGGGGGAGGGUCCCCGCAGCCGCUCCCACACCGGGGAGGGUCCCCGCAGCCGCUCCCACACCAGCGAGGGAGCCCGCCUGGACAUCACCCCCAGCUCGGGCACCACCGGGAACAGCGCCGGACCCAAGUCCAUGGAGGUGUCCUGCUAGGCAGCCUGUGCCCUGCCGCCCUGGACUCUGAUCUCUGUAGCAGCGCCGCCCGCCCCUCCCCCCCCGCCCUCCUCACCCCUGCCCACCGCCCUGUGCUAAUGCGAUAUUAAUCCAAAGCUUAUUUUGUAAAAGUGAGAUCUGGCCAUGACAGACUGGGUCUGUCUAGCGCCCCUUCCUGUGGGAGGGCAGGGUAGGUAGUUGUGGACCAAAGGAAAGGAGCGGCUCACGGUCCUGCUUCCAUUAACUGGUGGGCUGGUGGCCUCUCUCACCCGCCCUCAGAACACCGAAAACUGCCCAAAUCCAGGAAUCAUUUCUGCUUCCGGCCUAGGUUACCCUGAGCAUCCUGGUGUGCCAGUGUUUGGCCAGCCCGCCUACUUCCUGUUUCCUCUCCAACCAAAGACUGCGGGAGCCUUUUCCCGGGAAUAAAACCCGAUCCCUGACUUGGGGAGGGAGGAGCAGUAAGCGUGGGCAGCUGGUUUUCAGUAGGCAAAACAGGAAGGGGGUGGGAUUCAGGAACAAGGUGGAAUUUAGGCGGAGGCUAAAAGCAUUUGGAAAAA